AUGCAGGGCUUCAACAUGGGACGGUAUGUCCCGCCAGACCAAGAAGGCGUGUCAACCGGAAACCAAAUCGCGGGGAAGCACCCGCUCGGCGCGCGCGCGCGCCACCUCCACACGACAGGUGCGCUCGUCGUGCGUUUCGAGAUGCCGUUCGCCAUAUGGUGCACGAACUGCAAGCCCCACCCAAUCAUAAUCGGACAAGGCGUGCGCUUCAACGCGGAGAAGAAAAACAUCGGCUACUACCACUCGACUCCGAUCUACAGCUUUCGCAUGAAACACACCGUCUGCGGCGGAACCAUCGAAAUCAAAACCGAUCCCCAGCACACAGCUUACGUUGUUAGCGAAGGAGGACAGAAACGCGACACCGGUGAAAACAAGGAGCUGCAGCCUGGAGAAAUCGCCAUCAAACCAUUUGCGCGAGACAUCGAUCCCGCGGAGAAGGAUCCAUUCUCGAAGCUUGAGGGGAAGAUGGAGGAUAAGAAUCGGGCCAAGACGGAGGCCGAUCGCAUUCUUGAGCUUCAAGCACGACAGAAGCGCGAUUGGGAGGAUCCGUAUGAGAAGUCUAAGCAGCUACGAAAGAAGUUCCGAGGAGAGAGGAAAGGACUUGAGAAUGCGCAGGCCAAGGGCGAUGCUCUUAAGGACAAGAUGAGUCUUGAUAUUGAGAUCUUGGAUGAGACCGAGGAGGAUCGACAGAAAGCGAGCAUGGUUGAGUUUGGCGAGAGCUCGGCUACUGCUGCCCAGCGUGCUGCCCGCAUGUCUCUUCUUCAGCCUAUGUUCGAGGAACCGGAGGAAAAGCGAAAGACGCCUCCCUGGAAGCGGACUAGACAGAGUGAUCUGAUUGCGAGCCGGAAAGCUGCUUUCCGUCGUGAGGUGGUUGCGAAUACUCGCGCUCGUUUCGAUCCGUUUUUGCAGGGGCUCAAGAAGAAGAAAACCGUCACCUCUUCGACUCCAGCUCGCCGUAACGCUCCCAGUGGCACCAAACUCGGUUCCUCUGCCACGGCACCAAACCCAGGAUCCUCUACCGCGGCACCAAACCCAGCUUCGUCUACCAUGACACCAAAGCCAGCGCUCGUCAUCUACUCCGACUCGGAUUAA